AUGGCCCCGUUGGAAGCUCUUUACGGGAGGAGGUGUAGAUCGCCAAUAGGUUGGUUUGAAGUUGGUGAAGCUGCUGUGACUGGACCUGAUGCUGUGUUUGAAGCUAUGGAAAAAGUUAGGAUUCUAAGUCGUGUUGGGAAGGUAGCUUAUGAGGUUAAUUUGCCCGCGGAGUUGUCUAGUGUUCACCCAGUUUUCCAUGUAUCCAUGCUUAGGCGAUGUAUUGGUAACUCAGUUGUAAUUGAACCUUCCAAGGAUUUGGAUAUCCAGAAUAAUCUUUCAUUUGAGGAAUUUCCGGUUGAGAUUCUAGAUUUUCAAGUUAAGAAGCUAAGAAGCAAGGAAGUUCCUUUAGUUAAAGUGUUUUGGCGAAAUCAAUCCAUCGAGGGUGCGACAUGGGAGGUAGAAGCAGAAAUGCGUACCAAAUACACUCAUCUUUUCUCUACGAAUCCGGAACGUGUCGAAG